UCUCUUAUUCACCUCAAGUUACAACCUGAUUUCUUCCAUCAUCAUAAUCAAAUCUCUCGAGAUAAUCACGAAGCAAAGUUACGCCUCGUACACAGAACAGCACAUUCAAAAUGUUUGAAGCGCGUUUAGAACAGGCUGGCCUCCUCAAACGGGUCGUCGAUGCCAUCAAAGACCUCGUUCAAGACUGCAACUUUGACUGUAAUGAUUCCGGAAUCGCUCUCCAAGCCAUGGACAACUCACACGUCGCGCUUGUGUCCAUGCUCCUGAACGCAGAGGCUUUCAGCCCAUACCGAUGCGAUCGUACCGUCGCUCUGGGUAUCAACCUUCUCUCGCUGACAAAGGUUCUACGAGCCGCUCAGAAUGAAGAUAUCUUGACAGUGAAGGCAGAGGAUUCUCCAGACGUGGUCAACCUUAUGUUCGAGAGCUCCGAGACCGAUCGUCUGAGCGAGUAUGAUAUUAAGCUUAUGGAUAUUGAUCAAGAACAUCUGGCUAUUCCCGAGACAGACUAUGCCGCUACAGUUGAAAUGCCUUCUGUCGAGUUUCAGCGUAUCUGCCGGGAUUUGAAUGCGUUAUCCGAGUCUGUUGUCAUCGAGGCCACAAAGGAAGGAAUCAAAUUCUCCUGCCAAGGUGAUAUCGGCAACGGCGCCGUGACCAUCCGCCAACACACCAAUGUUGAGGACCCAAACAAAAACGUCUCUAUCCAACUCACCGAGCCUGUGGCUCUGACCUUCUCUCUCAAGUACCUUGUCAACUUCUGCAAGGCCACCGCUCUCUCGCAUCAAGUUAAGCUCUGCCUGUCUCAGGAAGUGCCUCUGCAGGUGGAAUAUAGUCUUUCAGGCAGUUCUGGCAGUGCUGCCAGUGGUCAUUUGCGGUUCUUUCUUGCUCCCAAGAUUGGUGAGGAGGACUAAUUGCUUUCAUUUCCGCAUCGGCGUAAUGGUUAUUCUACGAUAUUUUCAAAAGACUGGUGACCGUGGAAGGAAAUGGUCCGUAUCGAGCGUUGAUCGUGAUCCAGACCAGGCCGCUAGUUACGAACAACCUGUUGUUUCUAUAAUCUGAGGCGCAAUGAUAUUUCAUUUGGCGCUUUAUCUGGUUGAUUCUACUCAUGAAUACUGGUAAUGGAAGAUUUAGAAGUGUAUCAAUAUUCCAUAUUCAAUUACAUCAGUAAUGAGGGCGUCACUGCCAUGU